AUGUGUGAGUGCAGUGCGGCGUCCCGACCGCCCCGCCAUCUCAGGCAGUCGGGCCGCAACCGUGAAGCGAACACUUUCAAGAUGGUCAAUAAGUAUAAAAGAAAAACUUCAAAUGCGUCCUGGGAUGAAGCAGUUAUGAAGUGUGCUAUGGAAGAAGCUGGCAAAGGUUCUGUCAACGCUGCAGCCAAGAAGUACGGCAUAAAUCUGUCAACGUUACAGCGGCAUAUUAAAAAAGGUAGCUCAGAAAAGAAACUUGGAAGGCCACUACCUCAAAUUAUCCCACAAAAAACUACUCGAAGACGUAAGCCACAGAAAGCUGAAAUACUUACAAGCACACCGAUAAAAGAUCAACAACGAGAAAAAGAGAAUAAGAAAAAAGUUUCAAAAACUAAAAUUGACGUUAUAAAUAAAAUUUUAAAGAAAAAACCCAAACGUGGUCGAAAAGGUAAAAAUGAGGAAACUGAAUAUUCAUGCUUGGUUACGGCGGCGGCGGAUACAACCAAGGGCAUGGUCACGAUGACUAUGGUCACGGUGGACAUGGUGGACAAGGGGGUCACGGCGGCCACGGUGACCACGGCGGCCACGGCGGUCACGGUGACCACGGCGGCCACGGCGGUCACGGCGAUCACGGUGGUCACGGAGGUUUCGGCGGACAGGACGACUACGAAUACGGCGGACACGGAGGUCACGGUGGACACAAACACGAAAGUCACGGACACGGCGGCUUCGAACAUGGCGGUAACCAUGGCAACAAACACGACAAUUAUGAACACGGCGGCUAUGGACACGGCUCCUAUGAUCAAGGAGGUCACGGUGGACAUAAACAAGGAGGCUACGGCGGACACGGACAUUAUUAAACCACAUACUUACCUCAUAUACGGAAACAAUAAAACUUUAAGAACGUGAAUGUGAUUUUACGGAGUUAAGUAUCUCAGUAUUUUUAUACAAAUCUAUGUUACAAAAUAGAAAAACACGUACACAACUGUAUUUGAA